GUCAGCUGUCUCCGACACUGCCAACUUGUCCCUUAUCCGCUACUAAAUGUAAACAUGGAGCGAGCAGUUAAAGUUUCCGGUAUAGUCGCGUUAAUAUUCGUAAUUCUGUUUAAUUCGAUCGCCAGUAAUAUCGUGCACAAAAAGUUCGAGUACAAAUAUUCGUUCAAGCCGCCCUAUUUGGCCCAGAGGGAUGGUUCGGUGCCGUUUUGGGAAUACGGUGGAAAUGCCAUAGCAAGUUCCGAAAACGUGAGGCUGGCCCCCUCGUUAAAAAGUCAAAAAGGUGCAAUAUGGAGCAAGAAUCAGGUGCCUUUUCAAUUCUGGGAAGUCGAUAUCGCCUUCAGGAUCAGUGGUAGGGGUAGAAUAGGGGCCGAUGGUAUGGCAUUUUGGUAUGUCCAGCAAAAAGGAGACUACGAUGGCCCAGUCUUUGGAUCAUCAGAGAAAUGGAAUGGUUUGGCCAUCUUUUUUGAUUCUUUCGAUAACGAUAAUAAGCACAAUAACCCUCAUAUUUAUGCUGUUUUGAAUGAUGGGAAUGUCGUGUUCGAUCAUGCCAAUGAUGGUACUAAUCAGCAACUUGCCGGCUGCAUGAGAGACUUUAGGAAUAAGCCUUUUCCAACCAGAGCAAGAAUCGACUAUUACAACAACGUACUUACUGUACUCGUUCAUAAUGGGAUGACCAACAACGAGGCGGAUUAUGAGAUGUGUUUCAGGGUGGAAAACGUUCAUUUGCCCAAAAACGGGUAUUUCGGCCUCUCUGCCGCCACUGGAGGAUUAGCCGAUGAUCAUGACGUUAUUCAUUUUUUGACCAGCAGCUACGGUGCCCCAGGGGCAACAACUCCGGGACAAAGUGAGCAUUUUUUGCAGCUUAGUGGAGUGUUUUUUAAGUCAAUCAAUCAUAUUUCAGCAAUGAGUGAGGACCAACAGAAGCUUCAGCAAGAAUAUAUGGAUUAUCAAAAAAAAUUGGAGGAGCAAAAAGAGCAGUACAGGAAAGAAAACCCCGAUAUCAAACGUGAACCUGAAGACUGGUUUGAGUCGGACGACGAAAGGGAACUGAGACAGAUCUACCAAAGCCUGUUGCAAAUCCACGAAUCCUCGAAGGAAUUAAACCGAAAAGUGGACGAAGUGAUUGGGAAACAAGAAAGGACCAUGAGUCUGAUCUCGCAUCAAGCCUCAGGAGGGGCCGUGGGGGCCAACGUACCGCCGCCGGCUCAGGGACAACCCGCCUACUCGGACACCAUAAGGAGACACGAGGUGGACGCCCUGUUUAAUUCCCAAAAUAAAAUCGACACCGUCGUCUCGGAAAUCAGGAAUUUCAUCUUGGAGGUGAAGCAGCGGGUGGAUACGGUGAUAAAUAAUCAAGCGAGAGCACCUACGGCCCAGGUGCAGUCGGUCGGUUACGAUACGCAAUCGUUAGUGAGCGAAAUGAGGGACGGAUUGAAUCACGUUAAGGUCAACAUGGCGCAGAUGGUGAAUCAGAUGAGCGCCAAAGACGGAUGCCCCAACGUGAGCUGUGUGUCUGUUACCGGUGUCUUAUUGAUCGUGUUGGUGCAGUUGGUUAUUAUUUUGGGUUAUAAUAUUUACAGGGACAGCAAAGACAGCCAAUCGAAGAAAUUCUACUAAAUCCUCUUCCAAGCCCAAAACUAUAGCAAAUUUAGGACAAAACACUUGAGAUUGAUUAAUUGCUACUUGUAUCAGAGUAUUUUGUUAUAUUUUUUUUUUGUAUAGUAUAUAUAAGUGCAAAUCUUUUUUUCCAACUUAGCUCUCUUAGGACGUAUUUCUACUGUAAACCAGAACAUAAUUUUAUAAUUAUUAUCCUCUUGUUGGUUGUAAAUUUUAUUGUUACUAUUUUUUGUUUGUUAUUGAUUGAUGUUCACCUCUCAAAAAAAAACUUUAUUCAGUGCGUGCGUGUCGGUGAUAAAGACAAAUAAACUGUAAAUUAUUUGCCCAAUAAACUGUGGAUCUUUUUAUAAGAAAA